AUGGUGAGGAGAGGAGCCCACAUUUCUAAUAAAAAACUGCACCGACAUGAAAUAAUAAUGCGAUCGACUGACCUGCCCGGCGCCACCACAGGGCGGAGCGCGGUCCCUCACUGUCGUGUGCGCCGUCUCACUUGCCGCUGCCCCAAGAUGGGACAAAAAUUCGUCAUAUGCAGCCAAUGAGGGCGGCCGAUGUUUCCGCUUGCCCACCGGAAGUUUUACUUGGCCCCCGGAUUCUUUUUCUUAUUUUCGUCGCCAAUAAUUGCGGGCCAAACUCGGUUCUUGAACUCGGGUGCAAAAUCCCAUCAAGUUCAUGAACUUGGGUCGCCUAUCUGGAGCCGGUUGGAUCCUAUCGGUUCCAGACCCACCGAUUCGCGGGUGGGGCGGGGGACAAGGAGAGUCGAGCAUUAACUGCUAGAUCCCCGGGCCACUCGAAACCGCAAGCCAGGUGGGUCCGGCGGGAAGAUUUUUAUCGGUUUUCGAGGCGAGCGAAUCGGCGUCUGACUGUUAUAUCGCCGCGUUUCUGUGGACCUUAUCCAAUGAAGUCCGGGAUGAGGCGUGGCGAUCGUUCCAACCAGAGCUGCCCACCCUCCCUUUCAUGACUUCACCCACCAGAAAAUAUAACGCCGCGGACGCCCCCUCCCCAUUUCUUCACCUACCACCAUCGUCCCUCUUCUUCUUCUUUUUCUUCGUAUAGGCGUUGAAUCUUUUCCGUAACAGCAGCAACCAGUUCGUUCCUUAAAUCUUUCGAUGUCGGCGAUCAACCUUCAAGGAUCGGAUCUCCUCCACCGUGGACUCAAAUUCUGCCAGCCGCAGAGCUCCGGCAGGCGCGGAAGAAUCAACCGUUCUGUUGUUCGUGCCUCCUCUGCCUCUCCCGAGUUGCAAACUGUGUCGACUUCUCGCCAGACGCUUAAGGAAGCCGAUCCUGAAAGAGAAAACGAGUCGAAACGCUUCCACAAGCCACCAGGCCCUGAGAUCCCUGUCCAGCGAUCGACGGCCCUUCAGUUCGACAAGCUACAGGAAGCAUACCAACAAGAUGGGAGCAAGCUCCGGAAGCGGUUCGGCCAUUUCGUCGCUCGGGAAGCCACCGUUGAUGAAGAAUAUUGGACCGCAGCUUGGUUGAGAGCUGAAAGCCGGUACGAAGGCCAACUUCAUAACCGCUAUGUGGACAGUUACAAACGGAAGUUCGCUGAGCAGGAGUACAAUACCUUGAAAAGGCGAUGUCUCGGACAGCUCACAGCAAAAUGUACCUGCAUCGUUGCGGUUAAGGAGGAUGGUGCUAAACGUACGAUAUUGAAUAGUAUAGUCGGAACUCUUGACAUUAGUAUCCGGAACCUACAUCAUGGAGAAAGUUUUCCAGGGGAACAUGUAAAGCCUGGGAUACAGCAUCUCUAUCAAAGAGAUACAGAAAGAUAUGCGUAUGUCGCAAAUGUAUCUGUGGCUAAAUUUGCAAGACGACAGGGAAUCGCAAGUAACAUGUUACAGUUAGCAAUAGAAACUGCGAAGGAAUCAGGUGCAAGGCAAGUGUUUAUACACGUAGAUAAAAACAACAAAGCUGCACAACAGCUCUAUGAAAAGAUGGGAUUUCAGACAGUUGAGAAGGCAACACCUCAUUUAUUAGCUGAACAACAGUACCUGCUGUGCUUCAACACACAGACUUCACCCUGCCAUUAUCGUAUUUAGACCAGACUUGUACAGGAGAAUGGAGAUAUUAUUUGAGCUGUCCAUCAUCAAGCAGUCAAAUGUUGCAGACCAGCUUUGCAUUGUAAUUGAUUAGUUUCAUUCUUUAGAGCAGAGUCCACUCUGUGUCGAUGAAAUUUUUCUUUUUCAUCAAACCCUGUUCUAGCAUGGCAGCAAUUGAGGAAACAAGGUUUCACCCAAAAACUGGGAACCAAGCAUUA